GCAUCAUGGAUGUUCUUUCGGAAGCAAAUGGCAGCUUUGCGUUCCGCCUUUUAAAGAUACUAGGUCAAGACAACCCUUCACACAAUGUGUUUUAUUCUCCUGUGAGCAUCUCCUCUGCCCUGGCCAUGGUCUUCCUGGGGGCAAAAGGAAACACUGCGGCCCAGAUGGCCCAGGUGCUUUCUUUAAACACAGAGAAAGACAUUCAUCAGGGUUUCCAGUCCCUUCUCACCGAAGUGAACAAACCUGGUACUCAGUACUUGCUCAGAACGGCCAACAGGCUCUUUGGAGAAAAGUCUUGUGAAUUCUUCCCAACCUUUAAGGAAUCCUGUGUUCGAUUCUACCAUGCUGAGCUGGAGCAGCUUUCCUUUGCCAAAGCUGCAGAGCAGUCCAGGAAACAUAUAAACACUUGGGUCUCAAAAAAGACUGAAGGUAAAAUUCAAGAGUUGUUGCCAGGUAACUCAAUUGAUGCGCAGACCAGGCUGGUUCUUGUCAACGCCAUCUACUUCAAAGGAAAGUGGAAGGAACAGUUCGACAAAACGAACACAAGUGAAAUGCCUUUUAAAAUAAACCAGAAGGAGCAAAAGCCAGUGCAGAUGAUGUUUCAGGAAGCCACGUUUAAACUUGCCUACAUCAAAGAGGUGCAGGCCCAGGUCCUGGAGCUGCCCUAUGUGGGCGAGGAGCUGAGCAUGAUCAUUCUGCUCCCUGACGAAGACGUGGGGCUAGACUCGGUGGAAAAAAAUCUCACUUUUGAGAAAUUCACGGCCUGGACCAAGCCAGACUGUAUGAAGAGCACUGAAGUUGAAGUUCUCCUUCCGAGAUUCACACUGGAAGAGGAGUACGACAUGGAAUCUGUGCUUCAGCGUUUGGGAAUGCUUGAUGCCUUUGAACAGGGCAAGGCCGACUUUUCGGCAAUGUCAGCCGAGAGAGACCUGUGUCUGUCCAAGUUUGUGCACAAGAGUUUUGUGGAAGUGAACGAGGAAGGCACAGAGGCCGCAGCUGCUUCUGCCAUACUGGUUGUGGAAUGUUGCAUGGAAUUUGGACCACGGUUCUGUGCUGACCAUCCCUUCCUUUUCUUCAUUAGACACAACAAAACCAACAGCAUUCUGUUCUGUGGCAGGUUUUCCUCUCCGUAGGGGGUGCGCUUACUGUGCAUGUGAGGACUUCCCUCUUUCUGUGUCCCCAAAUCUCACUCUACAGCUCCAUGAGGGUGGGCCUGGAAAGCCACGUGCAAAGGUGAGGGCAGAUUCCUGACCGUCUGAGUGAUUUGCCAGUGCAAUUCAGACUUCUCCACACUCAGCUCUCACCAUACUGACCGCUCAUUUGCACUACUCAGUCGGGAUCCUGGGACCGUAGACUUAAUGAUUUCAGAUUGUCUUUAAGCUGUAGUCCAAAUCCCAUAGGAUGACAACCAUGUUGGGCUAGGGACUGUCCUUCAGCUUACCGUGUGGUCCUUCUGUAGGGUCACACCUUUCUUCAUGUGAUUGUGUCUCUCCACUUCCAACUCGAACAGUAAAAAUUCCUUAAAGCUCAUUUCCAAUGUCACCUUCUCUGAGAAAGUUUUCCUUUCCCGCAUAACCAGACAUGCAUCUUUGACCUCUCAUCCCACACUGAGGGAGGGCAUUUCUCUUAUGGCACUUGCUUUAUUUAUUAAUCAUCUGUGUUCUCCAACUAGACCUUAAGUUCAUUAGAGGUUGGGACUACAUUUCACAUGUCUGCAUGCCACUGAUAGUGCGUUGAUUAGUAAUUGAUCAUAAAUGAGCUCAGGAACUUUUUUUUUUUUUUGAGGAAGAUCAGCCCUGAGCUAACUGCUGCCAAUCCUCCUCUUUUUGCUGAGGAAGCCUCACCCUGAGCUAACAUCUGUGCCCAUCUUCCUCUACUUUAU